UCCACAAACAAGGACUACGUUUUCUAUACUUCCCUGGAGCGGCUUUUCUUUUUUUCUUUUAUCCGCAUGAAAGGACCCCUACCUACCGCAUUUCUGUUCCAGCAACGUGGACUUUAAGCCGGGAGAAUAACGCCACUGUGACGGACCCAGGAGCAGACUUGGUGGACACCCUUAAAGGAAUGCUGCUGUCCAAGCUCAACUCUCUGGCCCACAUCUCCGCCGUAGACAUGCCGGCGAAAAUCCAGCACCAGGUUCACCAAGUGAGGGAGAAGGAGCCGUUCGAGAAGCUGUAUCAGGUCGGCGCGGUGCUGGGGAGCGGCGGCUUCGGCACCGUCUACUCCGGGACCAGGGUGACCGACGGAGCGCCGGUUGCUGUCAAACAUGUGGCCAAGGACAGAGUCUCCGACUGGGGAGAGCUGCCUAAUGGCUCCCGGGUCCCUAUGGAGAUCGUGCUCUUGAAGAAGGUCGGGACGGGCUUCCGCGGCGUCAUCAAGAUGCUGGACUGGUUCGAGCGGCCGGACAGCUUCAUCAUCGUGAUGGAGCGGCCCGAGAACGUGAAGGACCUGUUCGACUUCAUCACGGAGAAGGGGGCCCUCCCCGAGGAGCUGGCGAGGAGCUUCUUUCGCCAGGUGCUGGAGGCCGUGCGCCACUGCCACAGCUGCGGCGUGGUGCACCGCGACAUCAAGGACGAGAACAUCCUCAUCGACCUCCGCACCGGCGAGAUGAAGCUCAUCGACUUCGGCUCCGGGGCCCUGCUGAAGGACACCAUUUACACGGAUUUUGACGGCACAAGAGUUUACAGCCCACCAGAGUGGAUCAAAUAUCACCGCUACCACGGCCGCUCAGCCACUGUUUGGUCCCUGGGCGUCCUGCUGUAUGACAUGGUCUGUGGGGACAUUCCGUUCGAACACGAUGAGGAGAUCACAAGAGGGCAGGUCCUCUUCCGGAGGAGAGUCUCCACAGAAUGCCAGCAGCUAAUCAAGUGGUGUCUGUCACUGCGGCCGGCUGACCGACCGUCCUUUGAGGACAUCGUCAACCACUCGUGGAUGCAGAGCACGUCCUCCUCCGGGGUCCCUUCCCUGUUGCAAACGGAGAAGACCGCCGCAGAGAUCAGAUUGCACAGCAUCGGCCACGAGUCUGUUGCCUUCGUUCCCGCCCCCGUGGCUGUAGCCCUGGCCCGCUGAUGGAGGCCCGACAGUUAGCCUUUGGAAACUGGACUGCCCAUGAUGCGGAAGAGACAUUUGCAUAAAAUACUUAUGUAAUAGACUCGAAGCAGAGAGGAGGGGAUGGGGGGGCGGCGCACAGGCCGACUGUACCCGGCACUGCGAGGUGUAACGGACAGAGGAAAACCGAGGUCAUGACAUCAUGCCUCGCUUUUAACCUCUUGGGCCGGACCCUCUCCGCCCUCACCAGCCCGACUACUUGAUUUCCCCCGACCCGUCGGGUGUUCAUCAGCCUGUAGGAGGGCGUGCUCCGCAAUGCAACGGACGCUUGCGUUGAGCUAAAACAGUACGCGCGCGCGCUCGCCGCUGUGCCCGAACGGCAAGCGGACGGCGUGCACCUGCGACCUUCAAGUGCCUUCUGUGAGAUUGUUGGGGAGAACCCUGAAAAUACUUGAAUUUGUGAGAGCAGAAUGGCUCUUCCUCUCAAGAGACCGUUUAGCUCCUUACUCUGUACAAGGCUUUAUAUUGUUUGCUUUUUUUUUUCCUCUCAUGGGCCUAGAUCAGUAAAGCCUAUGUCAUUUACAACCACUGCUAUCACUACUUCUACUACUCCAAUGUCAUUAGCAACCAGACGACCUCAUAGCUCCGGAAGCAACCCUGUGCAAACAAGUCAUAAAAAAAAAGUAAACACUGGACUUACCUCACUCUCUUUUACUACAGCGUGUGCAACCCUCUGUGUUGUACUGUACACAAACACAAGGCUGUGAGGCAACCACCCACUCACACCCACUCUGAACGCACACCACAAUGCAACCAUACCCAAAUACAACAACCUCUGCUCUACACUUUUUUUCCCUUUUUUUCUUAUUUUUUUUUAUGUUCAAACAGUGCCUCACACAGGUCUUACAAUUCAGUGGGGAUAAUAAUUGUAAAUAAUGAUAUUUAUUAAUCGCAGCGGCUUCUUUCUCACACAUUGACGAGCACAGAAUAUAUUUAUUUAUUUAUGAGAUUUUUCCGGCUGCUGGCGCGCAUCUCAUUCCACCGUCACUGAAGGCCCAACAGAUUAUUUAAAAUAUAUUUUUUUCUCCCCCCGACCAUAAUUAUUUAUGGCUUGAGAUUUUUUUUUUUUUUUUUUUUUUUUUUUUUUAAAGAGCAGGUGCGUGCGUGUUUGUUUGUGUAUGUCUUGUAAAUCAUUUGUGUAUAUAGUCCCCAAAAGCACUUCCAUCUUAAUGUGUCAAAGCAUUGAGCGUCUACUGAUGGUAACAGGUUUUGUUACUGUUAUCUGCUGUGGGAGCGAGUGUGUUCUGAAUGUUAUGUGUGUGUGUGUGUGUGAUGUGAGAAUGAGAAAACUCUGUUUUCAUGAUUGCAGUUUGGAUUGUUCCUUUUUUUCAUCCAUUCAAAUUAGAGUUGUAAAUUAUGUUAGAAACUAUUUUUAUACGAUUUCAAUAAAUAUUUUUUUAAACUAUGA